GGUCAGCCCGACGGCGCCGCCGCCGCUGCCGCCGCCGCGCCGCCCCUGCCCGACGACACCACCCGCCACCUGCCCACGUCGCCCAUCCUGUACGCCGGCACCAUCAUGUCCACGCCCGUGCUGGUGCCCGUGCGCCCCACGCGCCUCGGCGGGCCCGGCCCCACCCCCGACGACGGAGGCCUGCUGCAGCCGUCGCGCGUCUACACGCAGUACGCCGAGGUCACCCCGUCCGCCACGCCCGUCUUCUACACGGAG